AUGGAUAUUCUGCCUGAAAUAACUCAAAACUAUAACAAUAAAAAACAUUCCACAUCAAAAUAUAAACCUUCUCAAGUCAACAAAUCCAACGAAAAAUCUAUUUUGAAUAACACCUAUAGUCAUUUAAAGAUAGCCGGUCCACGAAAAUUUAAAGUUGGCGACAUUGUGCGCAUAUCCAAGGCAAAGCAUGUCUUUGAAAAAGGAUAUACACCCAAUUGGACUACAGAACUAUUCAAAAUCACCAAAGUUAAAAUUACCAAUCCUGCUACGUAUUUACUUGAAGACAUGCAAGGUACACCAAUCAGCGGCUGCUUCUAUCAUGAAGAACUACAGAAAACAUCGAAUCCAGACAUUUACUUAGUUGAAAAGGUGCUCAGAAGAAAGGGUAACAAAAUGUACGUCAAGUGGCUUGGUUUGGAUAGCAAACACAACAGUUGGAUAGAAAAUAUUGAUAUUGUAUAG